AUGGCUGGCGCGGGGCCCAACGGCCUGCGGGCCUGCAACGAUGGAUCCUUUGGGCCCGUCUCGGACUGCCGCUUCUUUGACUUCACCGCGACCUUCUCCAACGCCAUCCUUGGCACCCUUCCCGCCGCCAUCGCCCUUCUCUGCUUCGCCGCGAGGCUGCGCAUCGUACUGCGCAAGAAGAACCUCGGCCAAUUCACCGACGGCAUGCGUUCCGGACCAGUCCAAAGAUACCUCGGCGUGGCUCAGGGCGAUGCGGUCGGUGCCCUGGCCGCCGCCGUAGCUAUUGCCCACGCCGCGCUCAACGUGGUGCUGCUCGCGCUGCUGCUGCGCCCGCAGGGACGGGGCCUUCGACACGCGCUGCAAGCUCCCUCGAUCGAGGCCUGCACCGUCCUCUCCCUCGUUGUGGCCCUCGUCGUGGUCCCCCUCAGCAUCCUCGAGAGGCGCAGGACCAAGGGCGGCGCAAUGUUCAUCCCGCUCUGGCUCUUCUUUGCCCUGCUCUGCGAUGCCAGCCGGAUCCGGUCGUUUACCGGCAUGCCGCAGGUCAAGGGCGACGCCUUCUUCUACGUCUUCGUUGUCGCGUUCGCCCUCAAGUCCAUCAUGCUCGGCUUCGAGAACAGCGACGGCCGCGAUAUUGGGGAACCCAACACCAGGGAAGGCCGCGCCGGCUUUUUCUCCCGACUCAUCUUUGCCUGGCUGAUGCCCGUGCUCUGGUCGGGCUACCGAACGCCCAUCACCAUGGGCUCGCUCGACCCGCUCAAGCCCGAUUUUGGCUCCGACAGGCUCUACCGCAGGUUCAUUGGCAAGUGGACCGGUGCCGUCUCGGACUCGAGAAGUUGGAGCGAGGCGAGCGGGCACGAUGACGACGACGACGGCGACGAUGACGGCGACGCGGGCAACUUCUCUUUCGACGACGCCAAGAGCGGCCGCGAUCCCCGCGACUCGGACCUCGUCCUGCGCAAGCUGCCUCUCCCGGCGCGUCCCGACCGUGCCGGAUCGGCCGCUGCGGGAGGACGCAUCUUCCCGAAGAAGGUCAACCAGCGAGGGCUGCUGGUCACGCUCAUGCUCGCCCACCCGCUCGCCUGGUUUGCUCCGAUUCCAUGGAUGGCGAUCGACACCGCUUGCAAGCUCACCCUCCCCUUCCUCGUCAGCGCCACACUCGCCUUUGUGCAGUCCUUCGACCACGAUUCGGCGUCGCCUCCCCAGCCGACGGCCUACGGCUGGGGGCUCGGAGGCGCGUUCGCGCUUGCCUACCUCGUCCUGGCCCUGUCGACGGGUCAGUACUGGUGGAGCGUCUCUCAGCUCAUGAUCAAGCUGCGCGGGACCAUGGUCGAGGCCAUCUACCGCAAGGGCCUCGUGCUCCACCUCGACGCCGCGCGCAGGGUCGGCGGCGGCAAGGCGGCCAACCUGAUGAGCGUCGACACCGACCGCAUCAUCAACUGCCUCGACGCCCUCCAUCAGAUGUGGUCCGGACUCAUCUCGCUCGUCGUCGGCUGCUACGUCCUGCACAACCUCCUGGGCAUCGCUUUCCUCGCUCCCAUCCUCACCGUCGGCUGCUGCCUCGGCGUCACGCCCCUGAUCAGCCGCGGCAUGGGAGACCGGCAGAAGACCUGGAGCGAGCGCACAGACGCCCGCGUCAACCUGCUCAGCUCCGCGAUCGCCGACAUCAAGGGCGUCAAGUUCUCGGCCUACGAGGACGUCAUCGAAGCCAAGCUGCUCGAGGCCCGGGACGCCGAGAUCUCGGCCAUGAAGCGCUUCUACUCCAAGUUUGUGCUCGUCGCGGGUUUCAGCAACUGCAACGGCGAGCUGAUGGUCGUCACGUCGUUCCUGACCCUGAUAAUCAUCGACCUGUGCACCGGCUCUCGGCGCUUCACCCUCAACAACGUCUUCACCGCCACGACGCUCGUUGCCAUCAUCCAGGAGCCGCUGCUGAGGUUCGGUCAGGAUUACGCCAAGCUCCUUGCCGCCAACGCCAGCGUCAAGCGGAUCGAGGCCUUCCUCAACGAGCAGGAGUGCGGCCCGCUCCGCGACCAGGCCGUCGCCGCCUUCGUCGAUCCGGCACAGGCGGACGCGCGAUCAUCGUCGUCGACGUCGGCGGCAGCCGCCGUCCUCGAGGGCGCCGACCUUGCUUGGAAGGACAACGUCGUGCUCCGGGGCGUGAGCGUCGAAUUCCCGCGGGGUCAGCUGACGAUGAUCUGCGGUCGGCUCGGUGAGGGCAAGUCGACCUUGAUCCAGACGCUGAUGGGCGAGACCGACGUUGUGGCAGGCACCUGCCGCCUGCCGCUGCUGGCGUCCCAGGUGGCCUACGUCAGCCAGGACAUCUGGCUCCAGGAGAGCAACUCGAUCCGCCAAAACAUCAUCUUCUCGUCGGACAUCUGGGAUCCCGAGCGCUUUGCCUUGGUGCUAAAGGCGUGCGCUUUGGAACAGGACCUGGCGCAACUGCCCGCAGGCCUCGAGACCAAGGCCAACGCGCUGAGCGGCGGCCAGCGGCAGCGCGUCGCCGUCGCAAGGGCGCUCUACAGCGAUGUCGAGACGUACAUCUUCGACGACAUCACGAGCGCCCUCGACGCCGAGACGGCAGCCCACCUGUGGCGGUCGCUAUUCGGUUCAGCAGGCCUGCUCACGGGAAAGACGGUCAUCAUGGCCACCAAUGCCGUCCACCUCCUGUCUGAUGCGGCCCUCAUCGUCCGGAUCGAAGGCGGCCGGAUCGCCGAGCACGGCAGCUUCCAGGACAUCUCGUUCAAGGGUAAGCGGGCCAUCGCCAGGAGCAGUCAAGACUCUCGCCGUAGCGAGGAGGCUCCCGCCGAGGCUACCGGCGCUGCCAAUUCGACCGCCAAGCCAAGUGGCAAGGCUGAAGACAUCGAGCAGGUCGAGACGGGUUCGGUGGGGAUCCACGUGCUCAAGAUGUGGAUCAAGGCGGCCGGUCUCGGUCUGGUCUUCCUCCUCGUGUGCAGUCUCACGCUGCUGGCGGGGCUGCUUUCCGGUCAUCCCUACGUGCUGCAGGCCUGGGCGCUGGAGCAGGAGAGGAAUCCGUUCCACAACAUCGCCCUCUACGCACUGGUGUGGCCCGUGAUGGUCCUGUCUGCGGGCGGCAUCCUCCUCAGCCAGCUCUGGCUGAUGAUGAAGCCGCUCGCGGCGGGGGCGGGGACCCGCCUCCACGCCAUGGAGCUUCGAGGCGUGCUGAGGGCGCCCAUGUCGUUCUUCGAUUCGACGCCGGCGGGCCGCAUCUCGAACCGCUUCUCGCAGGACCUCAACAUCCUCGACUUCGUCUUCCCGAUCAACACGCUCAUGGCUCUCGGCAACACCUUUGACGUGGUCGGGCUGAUGGUGACGCUGGUGGUGCCGGCGCCGUUCCUCAUCCUCGUCUGCGCGCUUGUCAUCGCGCUGGCGAUUGGUGCGCAGCGCCUCUACGCGCCCGCCAGCCGGCAGCUGCGGCGGCUCGAGAUGGCCACCCGCAGUCCGCUCUACACGCUGUUUGGUGAGAUCUCGACCGUGUCGGGCCUAGCCACGCUGCGCGGCCUGCGGCGCGAAACGGUCUUUUCCGAGACCAACAGCCUCAUCCUCGACGAGUCGCAGAGGCCCUACUACAUGCUGCUGGGCGUGCGGCGGUGGCUACAGACGUGGCUGCUGCUCUUUACGAUGCUGGUCAACACGGUGCUGGUCAUCAUCGUCGUGUCGCUGCGCCACUCGUCCAACGUCGGUGCCGUCGGCGUCGCGCUGGUCCAGGCCACGAUGCUGGGCAGCUCGCUCAACGCGACCGUGAUCGGCUACACCGAGGCCGAAAUCGCCGCCGUCGCCCUGGAGCGGAUCCGGCAGUUUAGCCAGAUCGCUCCCGAGGAGGCGGCCGGUGCUUCCCGGAACGGCGAGACGUGCUCUCUUCCAGUCGAGAGCGUCAAGGGCGAGAUCAGGUUCGACGACGUCACGGUGGCCUACCGCGAGGACCUGGAGCCGGCGAUCAAGGGCCUCUCGUUCCACCUGCCGGCGGGCAAGCGGCUUGGCAUCGUCGGGCGGAGCGGGUCGGGCAAGAGCACGACGCUGCUGGCCCUCUUCCGCAUCCUCGAGGCAAGGUCGGGGCGUAUCGAGAUUGACGGCGUGCCCAUCGCGGCCCUGCCGGUCAAGCAGCUGCGGUCGCUGCUGUCCAUCAUCCCUCAGAGCCCGCUGAUCCUUGCCGACACGGUGCGCAACAACCUGGACCCGGAGGGCGUGUGCGGCGACGACGAGAUCUGGGCGGCGCUGCACAAGUGCCACGUCUCUGAGCUGGUCAAGAAGCUGCCGCAGCAGCUCGAGGAGAAGCUGGGCAACGACAGCACGUUCCUGAGCGCGGGGCAGCGCCAGCUGCUGGCGCUGGCGCGCGCGGUGCUGCGGAAGCGCAAGGUGCUGGUGCUCGACGAGGCGACGAGCGCCAUGGACGUCGAGACGGACGCGGCGGUGCAGGACGUGCUGCGGACGCAGUUCUCGGACUGCACCAUCAUCGCCGUUGCGCACCGGAUCGCCACCAUCAUUGGGUUUGACCAGAUCAUCUGCAUGCAGUCGGGCGUCGCCAUCGAGUCGGGCACGCCCGAGGAACUGCUGGCGCUGCCCCAGGGCUGCUUCCGCUCCCUCGCCGUCGAGCAGAAGUGCAUCUGA